UUUUUUUUUUUUUUUUUUUGUUGUUGUUUUUUAAUUUUUUUCUUUUAUUACAUUGAAAUAUUAUUACAUUCUAAUUAGCAUGCCAGAUGUUACUUCACGAAAAGAAGGGGAAACUUCAAACGCACAACAACCAUCUAAAUCUGUUACAGCCAAUGAACCUCCUCAAGUAACACGACAGAAAUAUGACGAAACUAAAAUGGAAUUACAAGCUUUACUUAAUCGUAAAAAACAAGUAGAUACUAAUCUAAUCAACUUGGAACAUUCUAUCUAUUUAUUUGAAGGAUCAUAUCUUGAAGAUACACAACAAAAUGGAAAUAUAAUAAGAGGAUUUGACGGAUAUUUAUCAAGCAGGCCUGAUAAAAGAAAACAAAAAUUCACAGAGCUUGAUCGACUUUUUUCUUUAUCUUCUUCAACAUAUCAAAAAGCAUUAGCUCAAAAAGAAGAUCAAGAUUCUAGUCAAGAUGAUCGAAACUCUAAUACACUUUCAGGAAGAAAAGAUAAGAAAAGGAAACUGAAAAUGACUGGUGGUGGUGAUAUGAUACGAAAGAAGAAACGAGCAGGAUCAGUUUUAGCUACCGAUGAUGAUGAUUAGUUUUUGUACAUAUAAAAUAAUAAACUGAAUGACUGAUUUUGAAUUUGAUCAAAUACAUAAAAAAAAA